AUGCCACAUGGCGCGGAGGCACAGCUCUAUGACAUCCAGCUGCUCAGUGCCUCGGCCAAGGCCUUUGCCGCAGUGCGCGGGGACGGGCAGCUGAUCACCUGUGGCCAUCCAAGUUCCGGUGGAUGGGCCCCACCUACCGUGGUGAAGACGCUGCAUGGCCAGGUCAAGGAGAUUGCCGCCUCGGAGAAUGCCUUCGUGGCGAUUUGCCCCAGCGGCCGCGUCGUAGCCUGGGGCGACCCCGAUUCCGGCGGCGACCUGGGUGGUGCUGCUACCCAGCUGGCAGCAGCACGGGUGCGGGCGAUCACCGCGACAGACCAUGCAUUUGCUGCAUUGCUGAUGGAUGGCGGAGUCGUGGCCUGGGGGCAUAGCUAUUCUGGGGGAGAUUGCAAGUCGGUACAGAAGAAGCUGUACAACAUCUCCCAAAUUUCGGCGUCGAUGAACAGUUUCGUGGCGUUGAGAAAGGAUGGAGUCGUUGUGGCAUGGGGGAACACAGAAGUCUCCGAUCUGAGGGAUGUCGUUGAGGUCAGUGCCUCUUCAGGAGCCUUCGCUGCGUUGAAGUCUGAUGGAAGUGUGGUGACCUGGGGUACUGAGCUCUAUGGGGGCAACAGCUGUCCAGCCGAUCUGCAGCAGGUCUUGCAGGUCUGCGGUUCAGCGAGCGCCUUUGCAGCACUGACACUGAAUGGAUCCCUCAUCGCUUGGGGCCAUCCCUUUGGGGGUGGCCUGGCACCGUCGCUGCACGAUGUCUUCGCGACGUGUCCGAGAAGUGGGCCACCCUGGGCGGCGUUGAAGGAAGGACCAAUCAUCCAACGGGGGUGA